AUGUCGACCCCUUCGGCCGCGCCCGACGCCUCCGAGUGCCGGUACACGGUCCUGCCGCACGUCCCCGGCGCUGCGGGCAACCGCAUCAUCGGCGCCCUCUACGCCAUCGCCGCCAUCGUCCUCGUCUGGCGCGCCAUCCAGAGCCGCAAGGGCUGGCCCUGGGUCCUCCCCAUCGGCGCCGCCGCCUCGGCCGCCGGCUUCUUUAUCCGCCCCAUGAUGGACCCGUGCGACUUCUCCGUGGGCCUCUACGUCGGCCAGCAGCUCGUCAUCCUCGUCUCGCCCUGCGCCUUCCUGGCCUUCAACUACAUGCUCUACAAGCGCCUCAUGCUCGCCGUCGACCCGCAGCUCGCCACGGCCGAGAACCGCAACGUCAAGUCGCCCUACUCGUUCCUCCCGCCCCUCAAGGUGUCGCGCAUCUUUGUCUGGAGCGAUGGCAUCACCUUUUUCCUCCAGUGCUCGGCCGGCGGCCUCAUGGCCGGCAAGAAGCCCAACAUGAUCGACCUCGGCAACAAGAUCUUCCUCGUCGCCGUCAUCCUCAUGGCCGUCAGCUACGCCCUCUUUUUCUCGCUCGCCGUCGUCGCACACUCGCGCCUCGGCGCAGAGCACAGCCAGAGCCAGCGCUUCCACGCCGUUCUCCGCAAGCUCUUCCUCUGCCUCUACUUUUCCAGCACCUUCAUCAUGGUACGAUCCAUCUACCGUAUCGCCGAGUUUGCUCUCGGACGCGAUGGUGUCCUGGCAUCCAACGAGAUCUACCUCUUCGUCCUCGAUGCUCUCCCGCUCAUCUUCGCCAUCUCCAUCUGGGCCCUCUUCUGGCCCAUCAACAUGAUCGACGAGAUCGCCCAGGAGCGCUACGCGGACGUCCCCAUGGCCCAGAAGCCUCUCUCGCACGGCGCCUACGCCUGA